UGUUCGACAAGCAUAAAUACGACAAAUGCCCAGAAAUAAUACAACAAAGAUAAAUAUUUCUCUAUUUUAACUUAUAAUUCUUAAUACUCGCACAUUUUCAAAGAUCAAAGUCCAAAGAUUAUAAAUAUUUGAGUUUAAUAAACCAAACGAAAUUCCGUGACAGUGAUAGUGAUAUAAAUGCGGCAAAUUGAAAAACACGUGCUUCUAACCACAAACUUGAACUUCAGCCUUUCAGUUGAUGUAACAUAAAUUGACAAUUAUUUCGUCAUUUUUUUUUUUUAACAUAACAAUGAUUGUGAUAACAGUUCAACGAUUAUUACUAAAUGCAAUUAAACCUACAAAUUUAAAUACGUUUCAUAAUGUAGGAAUUACAGUUAUACAAACACAAAGAAACUUUAUAACAGUCACAACAAAAUCUCUCACUGAUGCAAGGAAAGAAUAUCAAAAUGUAUUUUUAAAUAAUGCCCAGUAUUGUACAAAGAAAAAAGAUUCAAAUUUUAAGCCAAUCAAGGAAAUUAUUUCACCGCUACAAAUAAAGAAGAGACUAUUGAGAAAGAAAAAACUUUGCAAUGAUGAGGAAGACAUACCGGUUCCUGGGUUUUGGAAAGUUAAGGCGUUAGCAACUGCUGAGGAAUAUAAUUUAGAAGCACUCAUGGAGGGACUUAAACAACAAGAUUUAUACAUUCCUCAAAAAUUUCGUACAUCUACUAAACCUGCACCAGAUGUAAUUCAAGCAGUUCCAAAAUACGAAGUUGGUCUAGAACCUCGUGAAAUUUACUUCUUCAGAGAAGGAACAGUUGUUAUGUGGAAUAUUUCGGAAUUAGAAUUGGGUAAUGUUUUGCAAUUUUUAAAAAAUUACGAAGACAACAGUUAUGCAGAUGAUUUAACAAACGCCGAAGGUGAAAUAAUGUCCUAUACUUACUCCGAAAAAGGAAAAAGGAGUCACUUGAAGGAGGGAAACAUAAUUUUAGCUUCCGAUGCAAAUGAAUACGACAAGUAUACAUUUUCAAAUGCAAUAGCUCAAUCAGUGAAAUUGGGAAUAUGGGAGGCGUCAUUGAAUCAUUAUGUAGACUCAAUUGAAUUUGUCACUGAGGAUUUGAAAGCCGGCAGAAGUAUUAAAAUGACACGAGAACAAGUACUGAGGAAACAGGGAGAACUCUUUGCUCUAAGGCAUUUAAUUAAUUUGAGUUCAGAUUUACUCGAUACUCCCGAUUUUUACUGGGAACGUGACGAUCUCGAAAAUCUUUAUCAUCAAACUUGUUCUAAUUUUAAUAUUAAUAAACGCACCAGAGUGAUGAAUGAGAAAAUAAACCAUUGUGUGGAACUCGUGGAACUUCUGUCAUCGCAUUUAAGUGACAAACACCAUGUCCGAUUAGAGUGGAUGAUAAUAAUUCUUAUUAUGGUUGAAGUUGGUUUUGAAAUACUUCAUUACAUUGAUAGAUAUUUGGUGAAACCAGAAGUGAGUGAAUAAUAGGUUAGUUUUCAAAUUAUUUUUCUAUAUUACAAAUUAGUUUCAUAAAUAUUUUCUAUUUUCCUUUUAA